AUGCCUCAUCGAAAAAGUAUCUUCGAAGAUCCACGUGAAGAUCCUCUUGCUAUCUUUCUUCUCCAAGUAUUUGCCACAUUAAUUCUAUCGAAAAUAUUAGGCAAAUGUUUGUCAUUUAUUCAUCAACCAGCUGUCAUUGGACAAAUUCUAACUGGUAUCAUCCUAGGCCCAAGUGUAUUAGGUUUCAUACCUGGUUUCAGUUCAUUUCUAUUCGCUCCACACACCCUCAACUCACUUCAACUAGUAGCGUCAUUAGGUUUGAUAUUUUUCAUGUUCUAUCUUGGAUUGAAAAUGGAUCCGAACGAAAUUCGACAAGGAUGGCGUCGAACAUUACCUAUUGCAUCAGCCAGCAUUAUUAUUCCAGUCAGUAUCGGAUGUGCAACUAGCCUAUGGCUAUAUAAAAUGGCCGAGCCAAAUAUAAACAAACCGGCGUUUAUUUUAUUCAUUGGUUCCGGAGUUGGCUUUUCGGCAUUUCCAGUUUUAGCUUCGAUUUUGCAAGCGAAUAACAUAAUCACGACUUCACUUGAUAUCGUCGUAUGGGUCAUAUUAGCGAUUGCAACGGCCUUAAGUAAAGGUGGUCCAUCAAUUGAAGGUCUCUACACUCUUCUCUUAACUUUCGCCUUUCUUUUGAUUAUGUUUAUCGUUGUUCGUCCAUUGCUUUCGCUGGUACAUCGUUAUUACUUUCGUCGAAAUGAUGAACACAAUAUCUAUUUGAUUGUUUGUUGUAUCUUGGUAUUACUAGCAGCAUCUUUCGUCAGUGAAGUGAUUAAUAUUCACGCAUUCUUUGGUGCUUUCGUAGCCGGGUUAAUUAUUCCGCGUAAAAUGAAAGGUUCAAAUUUACACGACUUUUUAUCUGCUCAAAUCGAACUAUUAUGCAUUGAAUUUUUUCUUCCACUCUACUUCACAAAUUCGGGUUUGAAAACUCAUUUUGCUAUGUUGAAUACAGUUCAAAUAUGGUAUACAAUAUUGAGUUUAGUUGCGAUCAUUUCCAUUGCUAAAAUAAUCCCAGUUACACUAAUGACACGAAUAGUAACACGAAAAGAACGAACAUGGUCGUAUGCUUUAGCUGUCGGCAUUCUUAUGAAUACGCGUGGAAUUGUUCAAUUGGUUGUACUCAACGUUGGUGUUGAACUAGGUGUUUUGUCACCUGUUAUUUUUUCAAUGUUUGUAUUGACAGCUGUAUUCUUGAUAUUUCUUACCUCGCCGUUACUCUACCUGGUUUAUCUACGAAAGAAUGGCAAAGAAAUAGCUUCGACUACAACGAAUGUCUACAACAAUCCAAUGGAACGAGUCUCACAUGAUUACAUGCGACAACCGUCGAGAAAAUGGAAAAUUGCAAGAUCAGCUUGUUGA